AUGAUGAAGUCCUCUCUCCAUACAGAAGAAGAUGACUUUGUGCCAGAGCUUCAGAGGAGCAUCCAUCCCAGAGAGAGGCCAGACUGGGAGGAGACUCUCAGUGCUAUGGCAAGAGGUGCAGAUAUCCCUGACAUCCCAGGGGAGCUGCCGCUCCGGACCUGUGGCAGCACAGCAAGUAUGAAAGUCAAGAAUGUGAAAAAAUACCUCAACCCGGGACUGAUGGGCUGUGAUGCCUUUCACAGGUUAUCCUUCACCAAGGGGCAUUUCCCGAAGAUGGCCGAAUGUGCACAUUUCCACUAUGAAAACGUGGACUUUGGCAACAUCCAGCUUUCGCUCCCGGAGGAACAGAAUGAAGUAACGAGGAACGGCUGUGAAUCCAAGGAACUGGUCUACCUGGUACAGAUCUCCUGUCAGGGGAGGAGCUGGAUUGUGAAGAGGAGCUAUGAAGAUUUCAGAGUCCUUGACAAGCACCUUCACCUCUGUAUUUAUGACCGGCGCUUCUCCCAGCUCGCCGAGCUGCCCCGCUCCGAUGCCCUGAAGGACAGUCCAGAGCUUGUCACCCAGAUGCUGAUGGCUUACCUGUCACGGCUCUCGGCCAUCGCAGGCAACAAGAUCAACUGUGGGCCUGCUCUCACAUGGAUGGAGAUUGAUAACAAGGGGAAUCACCUGCUGGUUCAUGAGGAAUCCUCCAUUAACGUCCCUGCUAUUGCUGCUGCCCACGUUAUCAAGAGAUACAUUGCCCAAGCAGCAGAUGAGCUGUCCUUUGAGGUGGGAGACAUAGUGUCUGUUAUCGAUAUGCCACCAAAGGAGCUGACCACGUGGUGGAGAGGCAAACAUGGAUUCCAGGUUGGAUUUUUCCCCAGUGAGUGUGUUGAGCUGAUUAACGACAAAGUUCCUCAGUCCGUGACCAAUUCUGUGCCCAAACCAGUCUCCCCUGCCCACGGAGCCCGUCCAGCGUCCUGGAGCUACUUCCCCCCUUAUUUGGAGAUGGAUAGUGUAAAGCCAGGUUCUGCAUGUGUUACAGAGGCUCUCAACCAGUCCCAGCUGAGCUCAGUGUCAAAGAAACACGGCAAGCUCAUCACCUUCCUUCGAACAUUCAUGAAGUCGCGCCCAACGAAGCAGAAGCUGAAGCAGAGGGGGAUCCUGAAGGAAAGAGUCUUUGGCUGUGACCUGGGAGAGCACCUACUCAACUCUGGCCAUGAUGUCCCCCAGGUCCUCAAGAGCUGCACGGAGUUCAUCGAGAAGCACGGCAUCGUGGAUGGGAUCUAUCGGCUCUCCGGGAUCGCCUCCAACAUCCAGAAGCUACGCCAUGAGUUUGACUCUGAGCAGAUCCCUGACUUGACCAAGGACAUCUACAUCCAAGACAUCCACUGCGUGGGCUCCCUCUGCAAGCUGUACUUCCGUGAGCUCCCCAACCCCCUGCUGACCUACCAACUCUACGAGAAGUUCUCAGAUGCUGUUUCUGCUGCUACAGAUGAGGAACGCUUGGUGAAGAUCCAUGAUGUGAUCCAGCAGCUGCCCCCUCCUCACUACAGGACACUGGAGUUCCUAAUGAGGCAUUUAGCUCGACUCGCUGAUUACUGCUCCAUCACAAACAUGCACACCAAGAACUUAGCAAUUGUCUGGGCUCCAAACCUCCUCAGGUCAAAGCAGAUCGAGUCUGCCUGCUUCAGCGGGACAGCUGCCUUCAUGGAGGUGCGAAUCCAGUCGGUGGUUGUGGAGUUCAUCUUGAACCACGUGGAUGUCCUCUUCAGUUCCAAACUCAGCUCAGUCAUACGUGAUGGAGCAGGGCACAGCUCUUUAUCACGACCCAAGUCUCUGUUGGUGUCCUCCCCUUCCACAAAGCUGCUCACGCUGGAGGAGGCACAGGCACGGACACAAGCCCAGAUCAACUCUCCCAUCGUGGCAGACAGCAAGUACAUAGAAGUGGGUGAAGGCCCUGCAGCUCUGCAGGGGAAAUUCCACACAGUCAUAGACUUCCCAGCUGAAAGAAAAAGGCCACCCAGCAAGAUGAAGAAGUCCCCAGUUGGCAGCUGGCGUUCCUUCUUCAACCUGGGGAAAUCCUCCUCCGUGUCCAAACGCAAACUGCAGCGCAACCCCAGCGAGCCCUCUGAGAUGAAAGCCAUAGCCCUGGCAGGUGGCCGAGGAGACAGUGGGACCCUGCGCUCGGCUAAAAGCGAGGAAUCUCUGACCUCCCUGCACGCCGUGGAUGGUGAGUCCAAACUGUUCCGACCCAGGAGACCUAGGUCCAGCAGUGAUGCUCUGUCUGCUUCCUUCAAUGGAGAGCUCUUGGGGAACAUGAAUCGCUGCAAUUCCUAUGACAACCUCCCCCACGAUGACAGCGAUGGGGAUGAGGGCCUGAUCCAUGUUCCUGCCCUCAUUUCUCCUCGAUCCUCUGAAGAUGUUGACCUGAGCCCACCGGAUAUCGGAGUCGCUAGCCUGGAUUUUGACCCCAUGUCCUUCCAGUGCAGCCCGCCCCAAGCAGAGUCUGAGUGCCUGGACAGCAGCACAUCCCUGAUGGAGUCAGUUGGCAUUAAUAAGGAGAAGCCAAGCCUGCUAAAGAAGGAUUUAGAAUCAGGCAGCCAGUCCCAGACACCAGGCAGUGCCACAAGCUCUGAGCCAGUCUCCCCUUUCCAAGAGAGGAUGAGUCCCUUCUUUACUCUGGACCUGAGCCCAACUGAGGAGAAGACCUGCAAACCCCACGCCUUCUCCCCCAAGCUGGGGAGGAAGCCCCUCAAAUCUCCACCUCUGACUGCAGCAGAACCUGUCUCCUUCACCCUGCCCAGCCGCACAUCAGAGACUGUGGGAGGAGUACCCGUCACAUCCAGAAACUCCUCUGCUUCCAGCUGGAGCAAAGGGAUUGGCAUCACUGAAAUCACAAACAGGUCCCCAACCCAGAUGUCCUUGCCCCUGAAAAACAGUGAAACAGGAGCAGGGGAAGGAGCCCAGCAAGAGCUGCAGCAUGCCCAGCUAGUGGCUGCUGGCAAGCCAGAGUUGCCAGAAGAAGGGGAGAGACCAAUGUCAAGCAGUCAGAAUAAGACUGUACCCACUGGACACGCACAGCCAGGAGCAGUUGCCCUCGACUCCCCCCAGGAUCCUGUUCCCGUCAGUUCUGUGUCUCUUAUCCCUCCUCCUCCUCCGAAAAACGCAGCGCGCAUGCUAGCCCUAGCGUUAGCCGAGUCCGCACAGCAAGCGUCCGCUCAGUCUCAGAAAAGGCCAGGAGAUGCUCACUCUGAAAGCACAAAUUACGGAGAGACUGAAGCUGGCACAGCUCUAGAAAAGCUCCAUCUCUCCACUGGUGCUCCAGACAAGCUCCACCACUAUUCCGGCCUGCCCGAGAACCGACUUCACUUCCAGGCCGGUGCACCAGUAGAGCAGGAUUGCCAAGGUAGCAGCACAGCCGGGGAGCAGAACCACCCUCCGGGUGCACCUGGCAACCAGGACCCCCCUCCUCUCCACACGGGCAUGCCUGGGGACAUGCCUGAUAGCAGAGAUGCAGAGCAGGAGCAGUCCAGCUUCCAGCCUGGUAAAGUGGGGGACAAAGAUCCCUUCCCCUCGCAUGCUGGGGACUGGGAGCACACCCAGCACCACACUGCAGGCCCUCUGCCCGACUGGGAAGCUCCUGCAGCAGAGCUGCCUGUAGAUAAGCCCCAGCUCCGUGCAUGCGUGUCUGGGGACCAGCACCACAUUCCUAGCUGCACAGCCGAGGACAAACUGCAGUCUCCUCCUGUCACAGCCGGGGAGAAAAGCGCCCCAGCUCCAAUCCCCUAUUUAACAACCAUCCAGCCAACAGCCCCCGAGCCCAGGCCAGCCCCGGCUCAGGCCGAUGGCACCGGUCCCGCCGCGCAGCGUGCCCUCGCCCCCGGCCAGCCCGCACAGGCACAGAGGCAGGAUCACCAGGCAGCCAUGGGACAAGUGCCAGCAGGCUCUGCAAAACCACCCAGCGGCUCCAGCCAGGUAUGGGCCACAUCAGCACCUGAAAAGCCACCUGAGCCCACGCCUGGGUUUGUCUCAGAAAGUAGUUCCACCGCCCGCUGCUCCUCUUCUGUGCCCGCAGGCCACCAGAGCCAUUUGGAGAAGCCUCGGGAGCCCACAAGGGCACCACCGCUGCACCUGCGUUCGGAGUCCGUCCCUACUCACUCCUCCUCCUACAGCUUUACUCCCCCGGUCCCGCCCGUCAGAACGCUGGAGAGCAAAAUCGCUGCCGCCAUGCACUCGAACAACACGGAGGCCAUCAACAACUCCAACUACCACGCCUUCCUGUCCUCCUCCAUGCUGGCCUCCUCGGUGGAAGAAGCCCUGCUGCCACCACCACCUCCGCCACCUCCCCCUCCCAAGCACGCUUCCCUGCAGUCCGUCUACGUGCCACACCCCAAACCAGAGAGCAUGCCUGAGCCCCCUGCCCCAGAAGGCUACCUGCACCACAAAGCAGCUUCCGUCCACCAGUACAGGCCCGAGAGUGUCCCUCCUCACCUCUCCUACCACAGCAAGCCCGAGCAGCACCCAGCCUAUCCUCCUCGCUCGGAGACACCCACCUCCGUGGCCGCUCGCUACAACACCUACACUACCCAAGGGAAGAGCAGCUCGGCUCUCCACUCCAAACCCCGCAGCCGCACCGAGUUCGUGUCCUCGGUGAGCCCCACGGGCCUGCGGAGCACCGGCUACGCUGCCGAGGACGCCCCACCCUACCCCACCAUCCGGCGCGUCCAGUCGCUGCACGUGCCCAGCCCUGCCGCCGCUACCGCCAUCCGCUCGGUGCCCAUCUCACGGACCGAGGUACCCCCGGACGACGAGCCGGUGUUCUGCCCGCGGCCGCUCUACCAGUACAAGCCAUACCAGCCCCACUCCGACUACCACGUCACCCAGCUGCAGCCUUACUUCGAGAACGGGCGGGUGCACUACCGCUACAGCCCUUACUCCAGCUCCUCUGCUGCCUCUUACUACGCGGCAGCUGACGGCAGCUUCUACGACCUGGAUCCCUACAGCACGGUGCGGGCCAGGCCCUUCCACCCCCUGCCCGGCAGAGACUUCGCGUCCUACGCCUCGCGGCUGCCCAGCAAGGGGCUGUACCGUUACCCCAGCCUCAAUGCCUACCCUCGUGGCGGCCUCAUCUCGCACCUGGCAGGCAAAGAGCACAGCUUCAUCAGCAGGGACGUGCCUCCGGCCCCGGACGUCAAGCACAUGUAUGUGUCCUGGGACCUGGAGGACAUGGAGAAGUACCGCAUGCAGUCCAUCCGGCGCGAGAGCCGCGCACGCCAGAAGGCCAAGGGGCCGCUGAUGUCCCAGUACGACAACGUGGCCCCGCUGCUGCAGGAGGAGCUGGGAGGCCUGGAUGUCAUUCACCUGCGCAGCAAGUCGGACCCUGGGAAAAGCGGGCUGCUCACCGUGGCUGAGGGGAAGGAGGGCAGGUACCCGACCAAGGCAGCGACCCCUGAGGGGGAUGAGCGUUACUACCUGCAGCACCCCGAGCCGGAGCUGGACAGGGCUCACUACCACGGCACCUACGGCAACGGGCAGCCCGAGAAGCCCUCCCUGCCACAGAAGCAGAGCAGCAUUCGCAGCAGGAAGCUGCACGAACCGGGCUGCAAUGCCAGCGAACACAGGACGCACUUGCAGCAGGAAGCGAGCCAUAGGCAGCCUUCCGAGCCCAAAAACGGAGCCCCUUACCCCGACUAUAGGCCCAAAGGGGGCCCAGAGCCCCCUGAACCCAUCGCUUACCAGCACCCGGGAGGGAAGUACAUCCCAGUGAGCCAGGAGACCCUGAGACUGAACCACAAGGAGGCGAGGUUGGCAGAGGAGAGGCCGGAUUUGGAGAGGUCUCGAGCCAGGCCCACCCCAUCCAUGGAGAAGCACUCCCGAGACUGCUACAAAGAGGAGGAGCACGCUGCCGCGCCCCCGCCCAAGCCCGAACGCAGCCACAGCCUCAGAAUGCAGCACCCUGAAAGCAUGGAGAGGGACUCUGCCCUCCUCUACCCCUACCAAACCCUUGGGAAACGCCAAAGCACUAUGACUGUGGUGUCCCAGUAUGAUAAUUUGGAGGAUUACCAUACCAUGCCUCAGCACCAAAGAGGGGGCUACGUCGGAGGUGGGGGCUUUGUGCCCCCCACUUUUAGCCAUGUGCACAGUAGAACUUACGCCACGGCCCUGGGCCAAGGAGCCUUCCUCCCCACGGAGCUGUGCUUGCAGAGGCCUGAGACAGAGGUCCACGUUGAGUGA